GUUUUAUGGCAAACAUUAUAUUAUAAAAGUAAUCUAAAACCAAAUGGCUGUAAGAGCUACACUUGCUUUCUCCUUAGUUUGUGGUUCAUUAUGUAUUUCUCCGGGGUUCGCAAGUAUAGAGCUUGGAUCUUGUCGUCUUUCGUGCGAUCAAAACGAGGACGGAGCAAAUCAAAAUCUUGAAUUCCCUACAAGGGCUGUCGGCCCUCCAGGAAAAGCCGGUAGAAUUGGCCAAAAGGGAGAUCGUGGACUUCCUGGUUUACCAGGGCCUACAGGUGAACCAGGUCUUCCUUGUCACUGCUCUGAAUUUGAUAUUGUGUCAAGAAAAAUAGACUCGCUGCAAACAGAAUUAUCUGAUUUGAAAGACUUCAGUUUGAAGGCACAAGGUUGGACUAAAGCUAGCAACGGUUUCUGGUAUCGACUUUUCGAUGAAACAAUGAGUUAUCCAGAUGCAAAAGAAAGCUGCCAAUCAUUCAAUGCUAGACUUGCUUCGGCGGGGAUAAGGGACGCAACUGUCCGGCAGAAACUACAAAAUGGAAUAUUGGCUUCAAUUUCAUAUUGCUGGAUUGGACUGGAUGACGUUACACAAGAAGGAAGAUUUAUUUGGUCCGAUGAUGUCGAUGACUCAACUGUUGAUCAUUCCUUGUGGUCUUCUGGAGAACCAAAUAAUUACAAAGGAGUUGAAGAUUGCGCCAUGCUAUUUAGAAAAGAUAACAGGCUGUACCUGAAUGACGGUAGAUGUACGGUGGACAUAUUAGAGUAUUUGUGUGAAAAAAUAUAAUCAGAAAAUAUAUUAAAAUGGUAUACUUUCAUUUGUAGUCAAAUUUUUAAUAAAAAUCAUUUUACCCCAUUAACAUACUAACCGUGACUGCAACGCUAACAUGCAAACAACCUCUACUGUAUAUACAUAAGUUGAAAGUGAUGCAUCAAG